UAUUUGUAUCGAUCCAGCCGGUAGUCGGCAGCCCCACACGUCAUGAGGUCGCUGCCACCGUCUGAAAACAUACCACCUCCGACUCUGCUCCAAGGAGUUGGAUUGCCUUCGAACCCAGAUCCUUGUGUGGAGCUCAGCGAACUACAAGGAUCUGGCGAGAGUCAGGUUUUGAUGGUGGCCCUUAGCUUGAUGGAGUCUGAACAGGUGACGGAGUGAUGGUCUAAGGACUCACAGUCACGGAGGUGCUGCUGAGUGGAAUGUUGCGCUGGUCGGUGCACCUUGAAGGAGGGCCACGGAGAGUCAACCAUGCUGCUGUGGCCGUGGGUCACAAGGUGUACACCUUCGGGGGCUACUGCUCUGGAGAGGACUAUGAGACACUGCGUCAGAUUGACGUGCAUGUUUUCAACACAGUGUCUCUACGCUGGAUGAAAUUGCCCCCAGUGAGGCCUGUGGGACAUGAGCGUGCUCGUGAAGUGCCCUAUAUGCGCUAUGGUCACACAGCAGUGCUCCUGGAUGACACCAUAUACCUGUGGGGGGGACGUAACGACACAGAGGGGGCCUGCAAUGUGCUGUAUGCUUUUGAUGUCAAUAGCCACAAAUGGUUCACGCCCAAAGUUUCCGGGACAGUUCCAGGGGCAAGAGAUGGCCACUCUGCCUGUGUGAUGUUGAAAGCGAUGUAUAUAUUUGGAGGAUAUGAGCAGCUGGCAGACUGCUUCUCCAAUGACAUCCACAAACUGGACACCACCACCAUGAUAUGGUCUUUUAUUAAUGCCAGAGGUAUUCCAGCAAGCUGGCGUGACUUCCACUCAGCAACCAUUAUAGGCACAAAAAUGUUCGUAUUUGGAGGGCGAGGAGAUCGUUUUGGUCCGUUCCACUCCAAUAACGAAAUCUACUGCAAUAUGAUAGAAGUGUUUGACACACAGACCAACUGCUGGCUGAGCACUCCCUCAACACAACCAUUGCCUGAGGGACGGAGGAGUCAUUCAGCCUUUACCUACAAGGGAGAGCUGUACAUAUUUGGAGGAUACAAUGCUCAUUUGGACCAGCACUUCAACGAUCUCUGGAAAUUCAAUCCAGAAGCCUUUUCUUGGAAGAAAGUGGAACCCAACGGGAAAGGCCCAUGUCCUCGAAGAAGACAAUGCUGCUGCAUGGUUGGAGAUCGAAUCAUCCUCUUUGGAGGAACCAGUCCCUGUCCUGAACAAGGAAUGGGUGAUGAAUUUAACCUCAUGGAUCAUUCAGACCUUUACAUCUUAGAUUUCAGUCCAAAUUUGAAGACAUUAUGCAAAAUAGCUGUAAUUCAAUACAGUCUGGAGCAGUCGGGCCUUCCACAUGAUAUCAGGUGGGAACUGUCUGCCAUGACCACCAACAGCAACAUCAGCAGGCCCAUUUUCUCUUCACAUGGCUGAUGUGGCUGGAUAUCAAAAAGGAGCAGAAUUUAUUUCUCUGAUCCAUUGCUGAUGGCAGGACUGCUUUUGCCACAGAUGGAUCUAUGGUGGAUUUAGUCUAUUUAUCGAAAUGUCCUGCAUAGGACUUAUUUUUGGACUCAAUGGGCUUUCUCGCAUUCAGGAUGUCUCACAGGAGAAAAAAAUGGCUGACACCUGAUCACCUUUUAUCUUUUUUUUUGUCUUCAGAGAUCUAAUCAGCCUAUGAUAAUCACAGACUUUGAAUCCUAAGCACAGGAAGGACUGAAGGAGAAGAAAAACGAGAGGGAAAUUACCACGAGAGCUAUCGCUGGGAGACAAAUCGUAACACAAAAUCUACACUAAGAGACUUAAAGGGACGGGACUAUGUACAAUUACAUUGAUUUCAUGUCCUUUUGCACCUAAUGGGUCAAUAGACUAACUUUUUUUGGUGUUCAGGGAGAUUGUUUAUUGGGUACUGUGCUGGUGAACUUAACUGUUUGAUCAUCUUUCAAUGCUUUGCGACACUUCAUCUCCACAUGGCAACCCCACUGCCUGACUUUUGGUGAUUCAACACUCAUUUACAAGCAGCCCAGUCUUGUGUUUUUUUUCAACCCAUCUACCUCUCCCAAUAGCAUGCCGCAUUUAGCAAUAUAUUCCCAGAACAAGGGAAUUAUCAUUGCUGUCACACAACAUGCCAUAACUUUUCCCCUACCAAAUAUACAAAUGAGUCAUGCAAAUGUUAGGCAUAUGUUUACACACAAUCCCAGUUCUGCAAGUUUCCUGCUACCUGUUUUGGAGAGUAGCACCACUAACAUGCGUCAUAUGGCUCUUUUUCUUUUAAGUUUGUUCUUUACUGUACAAAUGUGUCCAUCUCAAGAGUUACGGGGGAAAAAUAGGCCAAAUACAGUGAUAAUGCAAGCGCAACUAUGGCAACAAAAUCAAUGUGGGACUCAGAGAUGCAUUGUUAUGUCUGCUGGCUAAAGCUCAGAGUGUUCCUGUCAAUUUGCAUUAAUAACCUGACUCACUGGCAUCCCAAAAUGUUAACACUAUUCCUUAGAGUACUUCAUUUUCUGUACAACACACAAAAACACCACUAAUUGUAAGCUGAUGCUACACUUUAAAGCCUGAUAUUUUCUCUGCCAUUGUUUGCAAAAGUCUUGUUUGUUGAAGAAAUUUCACCUUUCGUCUAGUAGGCUUGUCAGUUCUGAACCCGAGGAAUGGAGUUUUCAUAAAAUAUAUCUGGUGGGUGUGUUCCCUAGGGCUGGUCACAAUAGGGUUGCUGAUGUUGUCUGACAUGGUUAGGAACAACUGUGUUGCAUACCAAUAGGUCAUUCGACAGCCUGCUGGCAUAACAACUCGUUAGUGAACACCAGGAACAUUAACAGCCCUUAAGUUUAAAACUAAAUAAACUUUUUUAGACAAAAGGCAAAACUUCUUCAACAUACAGGAAGACUCCAGUUGCCUCUAUUCAACUUUUGCAGAUAUCCAUUAGCUGGAUGACAGAAUAUACACAGACACAUUCUUCGUAGUAGCCACAACCCAAUGUUCAAUCAAGUAGUGCAGAGCUGCUCUACCGUCUUUUGUGGGAGACUUCCAAUCACUGCCCUUGUGUCCAGACACCCUGAGUGAAGCUGAAAAUCUCCUGGAUUGUGGUGUUUUUGUGUGGAUAUAAAAUACUGUACCGUCUGUCUGGAUGUUGAAAGCAUGCCAAGGCAUUAAAGCCCAAACAUACUCAAAUGCAAUGUAGACGGAAUGUUGUCCGUAGAGGUCCACGCAUAAUCAAAACAUGUCCGCCAGACCAAUGCUGUGUACGAAGUUCAAAUUUUAUGACUAUGCUGUGUGUAGUCCUGUCACACAUAGCAUUGUCUGGAGUUUUUAUUUUUAAUUUUUUUUUUUACAUCAACCCACUUUAUGUGACACUGAUUAGGCAACUAUAUGAAUGAAAUGUUUACACGACUCACUGAGACAAUUUCUGACAGUUGAUGUGCCUAGUGAGUGGUUUCUGGUUUCAACAUUACUCCCUCUCCUUCCUUUGCUUUGCCUCCAUCGUUUGCACAGCCUGUAGACAUUCAUUGCCUCACAGACAGUUGGAAAUUAAAUUACUCUUACGUCUUACCACCACCUAUAUCAGUCCAAAUGCUAAACAUAGAUGUCAAGUCUGCUGCUUUUCUUGAAAAACUACCAUGGUUUUUCUUUUUUUCUUUUUUAAAGAAGUUUCCUGUAAAUUUUUCAACUUUCGUAAAAAUGUAUAGAUCCAAUCUGAUACUGCAGGGGACUAUGGUUACAGAAUCCUUGCUUGAGCUACAGCAGUAGUGGCAGUGGUAGUGGACGGGGACGUUUGGGGAUCUCUUCCAAAUACCAAUUGUUGACUUUUAGUAAAUCUACACAUUUGCACUGUGCAAUUAGCCUUGCAUUCCUCUAAACGUGUAUAUUGUACCACAGGUAUUAGACAAUCCAAGCAGUCUCAUGCCCGUUCCUCAUGACCUGCUUCUCGAGAAACCAGGAAAGUGUGCAUGUACAUACUUUUAGACACUACAAGCAACAUGAUACCGAUGUAUAAGGGCUCUCUUUUAGAUUUGUCACUGCAAAAAGAAAAUCCCACUCUUACAUCCAUCCAUGUUUAAUUUACAGCUAAAGGUUGUGUGCUAUUCUAGUAUCCUUGAUGGCCUCAGCAAAACUCUGUUCUGCUGAGGUUUCUAAAGUAAAUAAUUUAAGAAAAUGAAUGAUUUUAAGAACUGCCAACAUUGCCCAGACUGGCAUAGAUGAAGUGCAUUUGUGGUUGGAUUGUUGUCCGAUAGGUUUAUAUUUAGAACAUCAGGAUCAUUAUGUGUUCUUAGAACCUGAGGAAACAUUACAACUUUUCGCUAAGUGAUGUAGUCAUUGUACUGUUAAUCGUUUUUUUGUGUCAUGGAAGUUCAAACUGAUUUAUGGAAGAUUUGAAGAAUAGGUUUUGAUUACACAGACAUUACGAUCAAUACAUUGUAGAGCUUGGCAGUUUCUUUCUUGGAAAAAGUCAUUGUAACACAACUAAGUUAAUAAGGUGGAGAGAAUUAAUCUCUGUGUUGCCUUUCUUUCAGCAAUGGAACUGCACACUUCAGUUGUUUCUGAUGCAGUACUGAUGUCCAAUCUAUGUGACCAUACUCAAUUUGGUAACACAGUGCUUUUUUGUCUGGGUUUCUGGGAUCAACUAUGCUUUACUCUCACAUGUGAAGGACAGUUUCCCUAUAGUAAUAGUUUGCUUGUCUUUGAUUUAUUUGGCCAACUAACAAAUUAUUUUGGCUGAGCUGGCUUUCACUGUAACUCUUAACCAAUGAGUUUAUGUCCAAUAUUGUUGUUAGACACCACAUUACUGCUAAAGCAUAUCAGGCAUUCAGACAAGAUGAUGCUGGUUUGUGAACAAGUGCAGGUGGCCUUUGAGUUAUAAAUGACUUCCGUUCUUAUGUUUCAAGUAAAUUUGUUAUAUCUAUAUUUACACUUAAAGGACUCAUGGCGUCUAGAUGAACAAAAUUUCACUAGCAACUAUUAUGCAUUGUUUGUUUCUAAAACUAAAUCUUCCAGUCUUUCGUUUUUGAGUAAUGGGUAUAACUAACUGUACAAGGAAUGCCCCCAAUUCCAUAGCCAGACUCUAUAUGCUGCCCCCUCUUGAUGAGACAUCAACUACAGAACUGGAGCCCAUUCCCCCGCGUAGACAGUGUGGCUAAAGGCAUGUACAACUAUUAUUUUGAUUACUUCAUUUCAUAUUUUGGUCUCCUUAGUCCACAAUUACUUUAAAACUGAUGUGAUUGUUAUGAGAAAAAAAAUAUUUAAAAGAAUCACCAUUUCCAGACUUCCCUGCUUGCUCUAUGUCUUCUUCCAUAGACACCAUAGCCUGUGUUUAUUCAUGCUCUUUUGGCAUUUUCUCAAGCAUCUUGACUAAAACAUCAGUAGAGGAGGGUUAGGGUUAGAAUAAGAGCGCCUUUUUCUCUCAUUUUUGAGCGCCGGUUCUGCUCCUCUUUUCUCCAUUAUUCUGCAGGUUCUAACUAAGUUUUUCUCCCGUUGAGUGUGCUCCUGAUUCUCGGGAUGGCAUUUUAGUUGAGUCAAGCCAAACUCUGAUUAAAACCCUUCUUUGAAUACCUCCGCAAAUUAUACUCCUCACUUUAUCCGUCCCAUUAUGUUAGAGGGGUCCAUACUUUCCUCUUAUUCACUUCAUUAGGAAUUAUAUGCAGGCUGACCCCUUCUUUAGUUGUGUUGCUACAACCUGCAACAAUGCAUCAGGGAGCCACAUUUACAAAUGCCUUUAAAUCAUGAUGUUCAUUUUCACUUCAAUGGCGAAGGCUUUACCUUUCUUUGGGACACUGUCAUCAGAAGAGCCUGUGUAUGCCUAAGAAUAAUGAUGAAGUGCAAAAAGUCAAGUAAUAAGUUCUCCUCAGUGUUAGGUACAUGAUGUAUCCUUACAACUAUCCGUAUGUGCACUGUUACUGGUUUUCAAGCAGACCAAAAUUAGUUUUUUAUUUAAUUAAUGUAUGUCUGUUUGUAACCACGGAAUGUGACAUGGAAUGAGGAAAACCUUUAUGGACACAAACCAAGUCUAAUAGUUGGCGUUCACACACAGAUGAUAUACAUCAGUCCUGCAGUGUGAAGCAGCCAAACAACUCAUGUGAUGUGACACUGAAAGGACAUUAUUAAAACUAAUAUAAUUAGGGAUGGAGGGGUUUUUUUUCCUAUUUUGUGUAAAGAUUUUGGAUGACAGAAUUCUUCAGGGAUAACAACACUUUGUAAAAAAAACUUUCUCUGAAAAUGAUACAAACACUUCCAGCUGGGCAAUGCUGAUUCUUAAGUGUGUUUAUUUACAUAUGUUGGCAUUACAUUCUUAAUAAUGGUGAUUAAACCUAAUUAAAUAGAGUUCAAAUACAAAGAAAGCUGUGUGCCUUGCUUUCAAAAAUGGUAAAUGCUCUUGGGAUAUUGUGCCAGACGAUUUAAUUCUGACAUGGUAGCAUAAUAGUGUCUCCAAUCAAUGGGAUGAAUAAUUCCUUCCUAACAAAUACUUAGAAAUAACCGAACAAAGUGUAUAAUCAUUCAAUUAUACACACACUUGGCUAUUGUUGUAUUUUUUUUACCUUUGCUUUUUUUUGUCAUUUUCUUUGGAGAUUGUAAAGUUGGUCAGGACUUUAUGUGCAAUAUUCUUUAUGACAAUACCAUGAAUAAAUCUUGAGACAAGUUGA